AAUAAUAAUUAUAAUCGUUAUUAUGAUUCAUGUGUCUUGAAAGCUAUGCCGUUUGUUAACUAAAUAGAGCAAUCGUUUGAUUUCGGGGCAUCGUUAAGCUUCCUCCUACUUCCUUUUGUAUUUACUUUGAAAUUAUGGAAAAAAUAAACGACCAUACAUCUACGUCUAGUGAUGAUGUAGUAGAAAAAUGUAGUACCUGGUUGGAAAGUUGUUCCCUUGAUGAUAGUUUCGAAACGAAUUCGUGCUGUAGUGAAUUUUCUAGUUCUUCUAAUUUAACUUAUUCUUCUAACUCUACGCAGAAUUCAGCUAUGCAGAGUGGAUUUAAGUUUCUCACAAGUGAACCAACGAUAGGAAAUAUAACCAUAGACAAACAUGACCAGCAAUCUCAAAUGACUCAUCUAUCAUCUCUUAUAGGACGAGAUAAAAUACCAGAGAAUAGUAAAAUUCAGAUAUAUAAGUCGAAGAAAGUACAUAUUGGAGACGUCAACUUUAUACAAGGUCCAAUUUAUGUGAAUAAAAUAACUCAAAAAUAUUCAGAAACUGAGAAUAUAAUAGACAACAGUUCUAGUUUGAGUACACCAGUGACCCUUUUCAUCACCGAAAGAAGGAGUUGGUUAGCCCAGCCACCAUUGGAAAGAAACCCUAUGAAGGAACCUGCAAAACAUGUUAUAAUAUGUCACUCGGCUACAGAAGGGGCAAACACGAUAGCAGAAAACAUUCUUCUUGUUAGGCUCAUCCAGAGUUUUCAUAUGGAUUCUCGUAAAUGGUCUGAUAUAGGAUACAAUUUUCUAAUAGGAGAUGAUGGAUCAGUUUUUGAAGGUCGAGGCUGGAACCUUGUCGGAGCUCAUACAAGACAAUAUAAUUCGGUAUCCCUAGGUAUUUGUUUCAUAGGUACAUUCUCUCGACAUAAACCGAGUCAAAAUGCAAUGACAAAUGCAAAAAAGCUAAUCGAGCACGGAGUAUCUAUUGGGGCCAUUAGUCAAGAUUAUUCUUUACUGGGGCAUUGUCAAUGUAUCGGCACUGAAAGUCCAGGCGAAGCUCUUUUCAUGGAGAUCAAAACAUGGAAGAACUUCGAUGCUACAGUCGGUUUGAGAAAUCCAUCGAUUGCAUUACCUUCAUUGAAAAAUGUAGAUGAAAUCUUCGUUCCUUAACACUACAUCUGAAUGUGGACAAAGCAAGUGAGAAAAAACUUCUUCAGACUGAUUUUAUGAUCUUCAUAAUUUUUUCAAAAAAUUUAUAUUUCAAAUUGUGACGUUUCUUUUUUUUAUUA